AUGUUCGAUAAAAAUAAAGAAACUUAUAUGCAAGCCACACCGGAUGAAAAUAAAGAAGAGGCGCAUCGAAAAAAGUACCGUGGUCAAGGCCGUGGAGAUCUUAGAUGA